AUGGACGAGCCUAGUACUAGUACUAGCAGCAACGUUAUGCAUUCAGAUUUCGUGGAAAUAACAAUAGAUGUGCACCAAGUCGUUCCACCACCACACGUAAGCACUCUACAAAGAAUCAAAAUCAAACUCAAGGAAACCUUUUUCCCCGACGAUCCUAUACGACAAUUCAAAGGAAAAACUCUCAACACCAAACUCAUCCUUGGAGCUCAAUACUUUUUCCCUAUUCUUCAAUGGUUACCUAAUUACAGUUUCAAUCUCUUUAAAUCUGAUCUUGUUGCCGGCCUCACUAUUGCCAGCUUAGCCAUUCCGCAAGGAAUUAGUUACGCCAAGCUUGCAACUCUUCCUCCGAUUAUAGGACUCUAUUCGAGUUUUGUUCCACCGUUAGUUUAUGUUGUUCUUGGAAGCUCCAAAGAUCUUGCUGUAGGACCUGUUUCCAUUGCGUCUCUUGUGAUGGGAUUCAUGAUUGCAGAGGAAGUGUCUCCCACAACACAGUCUGAUCUAUUCAUUCAGUUAGCUUUUACUUCAACGUUUUUUGCUGGUAUUUUUCAAGCUACUCUUGGAAUUUUAAGGUUGGGUUUUAUCAUUGAUUUUCUAUCGAAGGCGAUUUUACUUGGGUUUACGGCUGGAGCGGCUGUAAUUGUGUCUCUGCAACAGCUAAAGGCUUUACUUGGAAUCACACAUUUCACUAAAAAGAUGGCUAUUAUUCCUGUCAUGUGUUCUGUUUUUGACAAUAUUCAUGAGUGGUCAUGGGAAACAAUAGUGAUGGGGGCUUCCUUCUUAGGGAUACUUCUGAUUGCAAGACAAAUUAGCAUAAGGAAGCCACAGUUAUUCUGGGUGUCAGCUGGAGCUCCUCUUGCAUGUGUCAUCAUCUCCACUAUCCUCACUUUUGUAAUCAAGGGUCAAAAACAUAGCAUCAGUAUAGUUGGGAAAUUGCAACAAGGAAUAAAUCCUGCUUCAGCCGACAUGUUGCUUUUUAGUGGAGAUUAUCUUGGCCUAACCAUCAAAACCGGAAUUGUCAGUGGCAUUUUAGCACUCACUGAAGGAAUUGCAGUGGGGAGAACAUUUGCAACUCUAAGAAACUACAAGUUGGAUGGAAAUAAAGAAAUGAUGGCAAUUGGGUUCAUGAAUGUGGUUGGCUCUACCACAUCAUGCUAUGUCACAACAGGAUCUUUUUCUCGGUCAGCUGUAAAUCAUAACGCGGGCGCAAAAACAGCGAUGUCGAACUUAGUAAUGGCUGUGACAGUCAUGGUGACACUCCUUUUUCUUAUGCCGUUAUUUCGAUUCACGCCUAAUGCUGUAUUGGGUGCAAUCAUAAUAACAGCAGUAGUUGGCCUUAUUGAUAUCCCUGCUGCUCUUCUCAUUUGGAAGCUCGACAAAUUCGAUUUCAUUGUGUUGUUGACUGCUUUUUUGGGUGUUAUUUUCAUCUCUGUCCAAUAUGGCCUCGCUCUCGCGGUGGGAUUGUCAAUUUUUAGGAUCCUUAUGCAAAUUACAAGGCCUAAGACAGCAAUGUUAGGGAACAUACCAGCGACAACCAUAUAUAGAAAUAUUCACCAUUAUAAAGAAGCUACAAGAGUACCUGGUUUUCUAAUUUUGAGUAUAGAGGCUCCAAUCAAUUUUGCUAAUAUUACAUAUCUCCAUGAGAGGAUGUUACGGUGGAUAGAAGAAGAAGAGGACACCAAAACAGAAAACUCAUGCCUUCAAUAUGUGAUUCUUGAAAUGUCAGCUGUGAGUUCCAUAGACACAAGUGGAGUUUCACUUUUCAAGGAGUUGAAAGUAGCAUUGGAAAUAAAAGGUGUCGAGCUUAUAUUGGUGAAUCCUCUAGCUGAGGUUAUUGAAAAGCUGAAAAAAGCAGAUGAAGAUAACGAUUUCGUACGACCAGAUUACCUUUUCUUGACAGUUGGAGAGGCCGUAGCUGCACUUUCAUCAGCAAGGAAAAGGCAAUCGCAAACCAUAGAAGAGAUAGAAUAG